GCGAAAGAUUACGAAGGAUCGAAACGUGGGCUUUAGUCCGUUGAAAUCGGUAUGAACACGGUUGUAAACUGUUUUUCCUUACGUAGCGAUUCGAAAGGCUGUCAUUCAUUCUUUCGAUUGGAAAUGGCAACUUACUGUAGCCUGGCCAGGUAACAUGGCAUAAUAUGGUGUGGGAAGUGAAGACUCAGUCAGUGCCCAAAAGAGUCCAGAAAUCCCAGACACACUGCUCAGGCAUGGACGAGGCCUUCAACUUGCUCAAGUGUAAUGAGGACCUGCCCUCCUCACCAGGUUGCCCCUCCAGUGACAGCCACAUGGAAUAUGAUGACCUGCCAGAACUGCAGGAGGUGCAGGAUGACCAGUCAUCCCAUGCAGUGUUUCAAGUGAAUCCAGGUGUGUCCCAUGAGGAGAGGCCAGGGCAGGGCAGGAGCCUGCAGUCAGAGAGCACUUCCUCACACACCAACUGGCUGACAGAGUUGGCCAACAUCGCCACCAGCCCCCAGAGUCCCUUACUGCAGAAUGCCCCCCACAACCGGUCCUCUCCUGUGCACAUCUUUGCCAGCAGUAACAGUUUACAUUCCUACGCCCGGCCUCCCUUGGCCUCCAGCAGCGCUCCCAGCCCUGCUCGCAGCCACAUGAGAGAGCGCCGCCGUGUGCGGGCCAGCAGCGAGUCAGAGUCAGGAAUAUUCUGCAUGUCCUCACUGUCAGAUGAUGAUGACAUGGGUUGGUCCCAUUCUUGGCCCUCCACUGUUUGGCACUGCUUUUUGAAAGGCACACGUCUGCGCUUCCACAAAGGGCCAAAUGUGGAGUGGCAGGAUGUAGAGGACUUGGCUGAGUCAGAGGAUGAGUCCGAUGAUGAAGGAGGCAUGCACUUCAGUCCCAUUAAGAAUUAUGGAUCUGAGGGUUUGAAGCUUGUGGCCCUGGAGGAGACUGUGUCUUUUGGUCAGUCUGUUCUAAAAUUAACCUUCGACCCUGGUUCUCCAGAGGCUGGGCUUCUAACUGCCGAGUGCCAGUUGGAUCAUCCAUUUUAUGUGAGGAAUAAAGGGUGGUCCUCCUUUUAUCCGAGCCUUACUGUGGUGCAGCAUGGCAUCCCGUGUUAUGAAAUGCAGGUUGAUGAUUUGUGUCUGCCGCCAGGACACCGUGACGCCAUCAACUGUGACGACUCGACUGUUUUUGACACCUUCAGGAGUUACGAUUUUACCCCUCUGGACUCAUCUGCUGUGUAUGUGCUGAGUAGUAUGGCACGCCAGAGAAGAGCCUCACAGUCUAGUGGGGGCACAGUGAGCCCAGACUGUGACAAACUGGAGCGAUCUGGCUCCUCCCACCACUCCUCUAGUAGCAAAUCACAACGUAGUCACUCCUCAGGGAGCAGUGGAGCCACACCCACCAAAUGCAAACGGCCAAUGAACGCUUUCAUGCUUUUUGCUAAGAAGUAUCGAGUGGAGUACACGCAGAUGUAUCCUGGAAAGGAUAACAGAGCCAUUAGUGUGAUUCUGGGUGAUAAGUGGAAGAAGAUGAAGAACGAGGAGAGGAGGAUGUACACCAUGGAGGCUAAAGCGCUUGCUGAGGAGCAAAAACGCCUCAACCCUGACUGCUGGAAGCGCAAGAGAACCAAUUCGGGCUCUCAGCAGAACUAGUCUGAGGAGCAUCGCAGACUCAUAAAACUGGACAGAGAGAAACCGACCUAUAGACUCCACCUAUCUUGCCUUCACCUAUAAGAGUGUUGGGGCUUAACUGUUAUGCUAAAAAAAAAAAGAAAAAAAAAAGAAAUAAAGUGAUACAACUUCAAGUAAACGGCGAUAAAUGAGGUAAAUGAGAUAAUAAACAAAUAAACAAUAUAAAACAUAUAAUCUAGUAAACUAACAGUGCUUAUAUUUUUUCUUAUCGUUUCAAAAAAUUAUGGAAAUGCCUUAUUCUUCCAAAGUAAGAAAAUGCUCAGUUCUUCUUUCAGGUAAUUUCAUAUUUCUAGGCUUGAAAGGUGAGACCCUGUGGUGCUAUUUUAGUGAGGGCGAAGGAGCAGUAUAUAUGAAAACAAAGUCUAUUUUUAAAUGUAAAAAGGGGAAUUUUAGUUGUUAGCUAGCUUGUUUUCAGCUGUUCAUAUUAAUUAUAUUUGUAUAACUCAAUAUUGCACAGACUUGAUGUAUUGCAAAUGGACGAAAACUGUUGAAUUUCAUAUUCUUCAGUGAUCUGGGAAGGGUUUUAUUCUAUAGACACCUAUCCAGCCUAGACCAUAUACUGUGUGUGUGUGUGUGUGUGUGUGUGUGUGUGUGUGUGUGUGUGUGUGUGUGUGUGUGUGUGUGUGUGUGUGUGAGAGAGAGAGAAAGAGAGAGAGAAAGAGAAAGCGAGUGAGUGAAUGAGCAAGCAUGUGUAUGUUUGUGCACCAUCUAACUGGCCAUAUUACAGUGUAUAUCAGGCUACUACACACACACACAUACACACACACACACACUCAGAUGAAUACAUUUACACAGAGAGACACAUUCUCUCUCUCACACAGCACUUCAGGGCCAUGCCUUCACUGUAAGUGUUUUUGUUUUUGCACUUUAUAUACAUACAUAACCUUAUACAACCAGUAAAUGUAUACAAGCUGAAAAUUGUGUAUAAAAUUAUAUAUAUCUUGCUGAGAUAUAUUCUCUGACACAAUCAUGGCCAAACUGUAUAGCUUGUUUUGUGCUUUGCAGGGUUGCCAUUGCAUUGGAAAAAAAAAUAUGAAAAAGUCAUGAAGAAAAAAAAAAAAA